GGCCCGAGGGACCCGAGGGACGCGCCGGUCGCCCGGGCUUCGCAGCUAUGGCGCCUCGGGGCCGCGCCCAGUCCCCGGUUUGCCGGCGGAGUCUUAGCUCUUUCCUCCGCUCACUCUGACCGUGAGGAGCCGCGCGGCUCCGAGGGAGCGGGGAACGCGGCCGGCGACGGGGACCAUGCGGAGCGGCCCGGUCCGCUGGGCGGACGGCGGGCGGCGGCGCGGCACCUGCUGAGAGCAGAGGGAGCGGCCCGGCGCUGAGGUGCGGCGGAGGCUGCUCGGCGCCUCGGCCAUGUCGCUGCUCUGCGUGCGGGUAAAAAGAGCCAAAUUCCAGGGUUCACCAGAUAAGUUUAACACAUACGUGACCCUGAAAGUCCAGAAUGUGAAGAGCACAACUGUAGCAGUCCGUGGUGACCAGCCCUCCUGGGAACAAGAUUUCAUGUUUGAGAUCAGUCGUCUGGACCUUGGCCUAAGUGUGGAGGUAUGGAACAAAGGACUGAUAUGGGACACAAUGGUGGGGACCGUGUGGAUUGCACUGAAGACUAUCCGUCAGUCGGAUGAGGAAGGGCCGGGGGAGUGGUCUACACUGGAGGCCGAGACAUUAAUGAAAGAUGAUGAGAUCUGUGGAACCAAAAACCCAACUCCUCAUAAGAUUUUGCUUGAUACACGAUUUGAGUUGCCAUUUGACAUCCCAGAGGAGGAAGCCAGAUAUUGGACCUACAAAAUGGAACAAAUCAAUGCCUUAACAGAUGAUAAUGAGUAUUCUAGUCAAGAAGAAAACCAGAGGAAGCCAUUGCCCACUGCUGCCGCCCAGUGUUCCUUUGAAGACCCUGACAGUGCUGUCGAUGACCGGGACAGUGACUAUCGCAGUGAGACCAGCAAUAGCAUCCCUCCUCCUUACCACACCACUACCCAGCCCAACGCUUCUGUGCACCAGUUCCCUGUACCAGUGCGAUUGCCACAGCAAGUGGUUCUUCAAAGCAGUUCCCGGGACUCUUGCAAUGAUUCUAUGCAGAGUUAUGACCUUGACUAUCCAGAGCGGCGGGCCCUCAGAUAUCCUCAGAAAUACACUGUAGAUAGGAGGAGGAAAAAAUCCAUAUAUAGCCAUUCUGAGGAUAAUGAAGGAUGGCAUUAUAAUACUAAGAUUAAUUCUAAAUGUGCAUAUCCUGAUACUGAGAAUUCUGGCCAUUGUCACAUUGAAAAGAAGAAGCUAAACCAUCAAGUUUUGUGCCCUUACAAAAAUGGAUUUGUGAAGAGUGGCACCUGGAACAUGAACUUGGAAAGCUGUGACUAUGGUUUGCCCUGUUGCUUAAGGAACCGUGGAAACGCAUCUGGCUCUAGCCGCCCCAUCACUAAUCUUACUCCAUUAGAUGUUCUUGAUGAUUCUACCAGCAGUACUUCUGAAGAACUUUUAAGCUCUCCCAUUUCUGAUGAGCAGGAAACUAUGUCACCAACAUGCCAUUUAUCCAAUGUCCAUAAUAUAGGAGACUUCUCUGAAGACUCUUGUGUGGCAGAUUCAGCAUUGCCAUUACAAAGGCUGAACUGUGAUACAAAAACAGUUGGAGAUUUGUCCCGAUGCUCCAUGGAAGAUAUGACCCCUUCCUCUGUCGAGGGACCCAAAGAGAACUAUGUUGACACAAUGGAUGAGCUUCAAUGUUUGGUAGAAACAGUGUCAGAGUAUUUAGCAGAGAAGGAAGAAGAGAUUAAUAGAUUUGGUUCCUUUUCAAAAACUAAAAAACUACAUGAACACAAUACUGCUGUUGAUAAUGCAGAACAGAAACCACCUGAAGAUCAAACAGCACCUUUAACUAUUACUCAGAAUGGCAAGGCCAAGGCCAUAUCUUUCCCUGAACUGAAUGGAGUAAAAUGUGCUGUUGGUUCUUUAUUCAGUUCACUAACAGAAAAGGUAGGUUCAGGCACAAAGCAUCUUACAACCUCUGUGGAAAAACUGGUUCAUUUGGUUCCAGAGAAAACAGAAACUCUUAAUCAAACAGAGACAGUUAAUUUGGGAGCUAGCCCCAGUGCCAACUCAGUAUUAGAGAAGGAUCUUUCCUUACAGUCUUUCUUAUCCUCUCAAACAACUUCUGGUAAGGAUGCUGACAGACAUGGCCGAACCUCUGAGAGAGAGCACCUGGGUAAUAAGACUAAAGAUGAGAGCUUUCAGGACAGUGCAGAAACUAUUAGAAAGGACUCAGCUCCACAAAGUCAGAGUUCAAUUGUGAAGUCUGUUUUCAACAUGCUGAAUCCAUUAAAGUUAUUUUCUGAGAAAGAGGAAGACCAUUGCAAAAUACCAAGUAGAGAAAGCCUUGUUGGGUGUGGUUCAGAGUCAAAUCAAAGCGAGGACAUAUUUGACAAGCAGAAUAGUAGUCUUGUUGUAAAUAGAAAUAAAAAAGAAACUACAGAUCUCCAAGCAAGGGAAGAUUUGCUGUGUUUACAAGUGGCCGAUGAACCUUCAAACUUAGCUAAUAGUACAGGUAAGAAAGAUGAUGUUGGGAAUUUGUUGGAAGAAAAACCUUGUGUAGAGCUUUCUCUGCCACACUACCAACCCAGACUAAGUGUUGGAGAUACUAUGGGGCAUCCUGAUGUUGCUGGCACUACCCUUGCAAAUCAAGAGUCUUCUGCAGACACAUUAGAGGAUGAUUUCCUUGAGCCACUCAGAAAAUCAUUUAGUCAGUUCCUGUUUACUUCUCCUGAGAUCUGUCAGAAGGAAACUUUGUCAGAAUAUGUAAAAAGUCUUAAGCUGGAGGAAGAUGGACCAGAAAGGGACACUAAGAAAGAUAAACAUUCAUUUUCCUUUAGUGGAAAACUACAUUUUCCAUUUUUCAGUGUUCUUGGCCAUUCUGAAAAGCAUCAGGGUGUAAAAGAGAAAGGAAGAUUUUUUCCUUUGUUUAAAUCUUCUCCCAUGGACAGUCAUAACACUGUUAAUAACCAGAGUUUUCAUGGCUCAGUAACAACCACUGAUAAAGAGAUCCAACAAAAUUGCCACAUGAAUACUAGACUCUGUUCAGUAAAAUCUGGUUCAUUUCCAGAUAUUCAUAAUGAUCUAGUGAAACUGGGAAGUACUGAGGAAUUCACUAAGAAUGACCAAAUAAAUUGUCCUGAAGAUGUCAAACUUAAUUCACUAAAAUCUAGUUCAAUCUCAAAAAUUCAUAAUGAUCUAGAGAAAUUUAACAGCAUAGAGGAAUUUAAGAAAGGUGACCAGACACAUUGUUCUGAAGAUGAAAAACAUAAUAGAGUGAAGUCUGACUCAACCUCAAAUAUUAGUAGUGAUUUUGGGAAAUUUAGGAGUUUAGAGGAAUUGAACUCAAGCAGCCAUGUAGCAGUAGAACACGAUGAAAAAGCCGACCAUGAAAUUGUGCCCAAAGAACAUGUGACUUUAGGACUCUCAGGAGAACCUGAGAUUCCUACACAAGUGGCAUUUCCCUUGAUGGCAGACUCUUCAUUGGAGCUUGUCUCUGCCAUUUCAGAAUCUACAUUGGUCAAUGACAUUAAUGAAGACAAAGCUGAAGAUAAAACUUUUAGUAAAGGAAUGCAAAAAGGUUUCCUUUCUGGCCUUUUAAGCAGGUUUGCUUUUCUAGAAAACAUGCCUACACAACAGGAAUUCAACUUGAAAAAUGACAGUUCUCACCAUAAAAACAAUACCUCAAGCUCAUUACUCUCUGGAAUAUUUAACUUGAAAUCAAACAGCAGUGUGAAUGAUUAUAAUCCAAAUGAAGCAAAACUCAUGUCUUUUGAUGACUCAAAAAAUUUGGAUGGAAAUAAGCAUUUAUCCACAGAUAAUGCUGUUGAUUCAUGUGUGAUUUCCAAGAACCAGAGGAGCAAGGUUGAAAACAAUGAAACUUAUACCUUUAUAAAAAGCUCUUUGUCAUUAUCAGAAGAAACCAUUCCAUCAUCUGAUAGUUGGGCUGAUAAUCAUCUUUGUCCUCCUACAUGGAGAAACCAGGAGAGUGAAAAACAUUGCUCUUCUUCUGAAAACAUAUUCCAUUGUACUGACCAGGGUCUCUUAGAGAAAUCUGUGGCUAAGAGGCCAACUCCAAACCAUAAUCUUGAAAUAAAACUACAUGAAAGAUCAAACAAGUUAAGUUCAUCAAUACUAAAUACUAACAUUUUAAAUAAGUCAAACCAUUAUAGGAGUUUUGAUGAGGACUGUUUUGAAUGGGAUCCUGAUAUAAAAGAUUUCUCUAAAAACUCCAGAAGACUUCAGCCAGUUUAUCAUUUGUUGAAUCAAAAUACAUUUCCAUCUGCAGAUGCUUUCUUGUGGCCUGACUCAGAAAAUCCAGUAAUAAAUUUGUGCCAAAAAGAUCAAAAUGCAAAUUUAUUUGAGUGGGGCACAAAUCCAAACAGUGUCAUUUCAUGUGACUUACCAUAUGAAUCAUCUGACCAGUUAGCAUUUAAUGAAGGUUACUUGUUAAGAGGUGAUAUGUGGGCAGCCAACUCAUUAUGUGGAAACGCUGGUUAUCUUCCAGUUUAUGAGACCAGGAAUUCAUUAGAAGAAUUGCCCAUUGAUUUAAGUUACUCUUCAGACUAUGAUGGAGUUAUGUGCUCUCUGCUGGAACAAGAAUCAGUAAGAAUGGAUGAAAACUUGAUCUUUUCAAGUUUUGGUUAUGAGUAUCAGGAGUGGUUAUCCUAUCUUGAAAGUGGAGUUUGGUGGCCCUCAGAGGAUGGGAAUUAUGGCUAUUAUGUGUUUCAUGACGGUCAGUAUAUAUACUCUUUUCUCACUGAUUCUACUGGGCAGUAUGUAUAUUUAUUUAUACCUGAUUGUUAUUAUGAAUAUUUGAACUAUAAUUUACAAACAGAUGCCCUCCCAAGUAUUAUGUUAGAUGACAGCAUUAUUUCUGCCCAUAGUCUUAAAGUUCUUAACAAGGAAGAUAAUUUGAUAUGGUAUGUUGAAGAGGAACCAAUUGAAGACCCUCUUGAUUUAUCUGUAACUUUGCCAAGAACUGAGAGGUCAUUGUAUGUAAAUCUAGAAACCUUUUCUCAAGUACUUGAGUCAAGUUUUGACCAAAAGGAUACACCAUUAGAUUUUUCAGGCUAUAAUUCUCAAAAAUUUAAAAGAGAUUUUAGAUCUUUCAUAGGGAGACCCUAUCAUUCAGAAGACCUUGAGUGUGUAUUGGAUCUCAGAAACAAGCCAGGAACUAUGAGCAAUCAUGUCUUAAAUAGAAGCCCAAUUAUAGAGAGAGACAUGAACUGGCCCUUAGCUAAAAAGUCAUCAGCUCACCUUUCCAGGCUCCAUUUGCUUCAGUCAUCUUCUGAAGAUGCUUCCUCUUUAUUUCAUCCUGAAAGUACGACUGAAAGUACACAAAAGGAAGAAACAUCUUUAGCGAACAAAUUAACACCUGUAUUUUCUGUUUUGGGUGCCUUGGUUAGAAGUAGUUUGAAUUUUGACAAGAGUGAAUCUGUAGACAAUUUGGUCAUGCAGAAAACAGAUCAGCAAUCAGAGUUAUCUGAGCCCAUAUAUGAUGGUCUUCAGCCAUUAAUCUUAAGCAAGCAAUUGUCAUAUAACUCUGCAAAGGAGGACAGAAGUCACCUUGAGGAUUUGGAGAGGCAGACGGCAUCCAGUGUUCAGCGACCGGCGUUUACUGACAAUAUAAGGCAAGAACUCCCUUCACAUAAAAAUGGUCAGAUGGAGAAAGAAAGUUUAUUAAAAUCUGGUUUUCAAGUAAGUCAAAAAACUCCUAAAAUUAAAACAGAUGUAGACAAUGUUAAAAUUAUGACAGCAAAGUCCAUUUCAGAUCCUCUUUCAACACAGCUUAGUAAGGAUGAGCAUAAGAAUUCUGAGCUUCUGCAGGACCAGCCUUCCAAAGAGUCUGAGAGAACUUUGCUUAAAAGUGCUCUGAAACUCUUCCGUUGGGAAGAAGAGACUUCAGUAAGUACAGUGACAAAUGAGAAACAGGCAUCUGGAAUUUUGAACCUCUUUAAAACUCAGGUGUAUAAGGAAGAGUUGUCAGACCUGGAAAAGAAUGGUGAUAAAGGUGGAAAGGUUUCAUCUCAGGAAAAGAAGGAAUCUUCUGGUGUUUCAAAUUUUUUUGGUACCCUUGGGGAUUUCUUUAAAACCAGUGUGUCUCCCAUACAGACAACUGAAGUUAGGUCUGUUUCUUCAGUAAUUGAUGAGGGUGCAGGCAGUUCAAGUCCAAUCCCUGUACACCUAGUUCAUCAGGAUACAGGAAAAAUUUCUUCUCUACCAGUUUUCUCAGAAAAGAAGGUUAGAAUUAGAAGCCUGACCAAACAGACCACUAUUGAUGACAGUGGGCUAAGAGAACCAUCAACCAGGGAGAUGCAGAGUAAUGAUUUGAACAAAAACGAGGUACCUGUGAGAGGCCAACAGGUACAGCAAUCAGCAAGUCCACCUAUUUCAACAGGUAGUCCCAAAGAGUCUCCCAGAGGCUCUUCAAAAGGAACUGGUGCUAUAGCGACAGAAGCAGAGGUUCCAAGGAAUAAUAAGUCUUUUGAUGCUCUGAGUAGAGGAAAUACAAAAGAGCAAGAUAACCAAGAAUGGAAAUUUUCGACUGCUACACCUGCAUCUCAACAAAAGCUACCAACCAGAAAGAAUAUAUUUUCUUUCUUAACUGCAUCUGAAAAAUUGAACAAAACCUCUGCAGCUCCCCCAAGCACCAAAUCUCAAGCAGAAGGGCCGUUCACGCUUCCUUCCUUUUUCUCCACGGCUAGUUUAAGCAGCAAGAAGGAUGCCUCUCGCAGCAGCUCUGCUUUCAGUUUGUUUAACCUGUCUUUUCUGGAGGAGAAGCAGCAGACCUCUGAGGAGAAGCAAAGCCUUUCAAGUGUUGCCCCAGUGACUGCCCAGCCCUGUAGAAAGCCAGUUGUGUCUGUAGACUCUAGAGACACGAUGACAAAGGAAGGUUCUAAGGGUCAUAAAGAAAGCAUGGUCCAAGAAGUAGGUGAUGAAGAACAAAUGGCUCCUUGUUUGUUCACUAGCAGCACCACUAAACUUACUGCGUCCCUUUCAGAUGAGUUACACGUAGAGAAAACCCAAGGAAACGGGAGUCCCAGUGAGGAAGGAACAGAAAGAGCAACUGCUUCUGACUUUCAUGUGAAUCAGUUGCCAGACAACAAGGUUGCUUUUUUAUCAGAAUUUCAGGAGCAAGCCCUAGGGGUGGCUCCUCAGAAAGAGGAUGCUUCCCACCAAGAAACCUCCCCUAGGGACCCAGCACCUAAGCCUUUUCCUCAUGAGAAUGAUUUGAAUGAGAAGCUCAAUGAUUUAGAUAUUUGUAUUGAACACCAAAAUGAAAGAUUGAUCACUGACCCAUUGAACUUACCCCUGGGAACUGCCUCUGACAGUCUCUUAGCACAGAUUGUGGAUUCCCCUUCUCCAGAGCCAGGGCAUACAGGGCUCCUUCAGAACAGUGAUGCAGAUAAAUUAGAAGACAAAUCAGGAUUAGGCUCCAAAGUAGAAAUGCUUUCAGGGUUUGUGACCAAAGUAAAAUCAUUUUCUGGGUCCUUAAUUGAACAGCCUAAGACUUUUUCUGGACUUUUUUCUAUUCCUAAAUCUCCAAAGAAAAAUUCGUUUUUUCCUUUUUCCUCUGAUGCAUCAGCCCAGCCCCUCAAAAGUGAGUUGUUUGGAUUUUUUAGAAGUCCCAAACCAGAGACACAUAAACAAGAACCACCUGUAACUGCUUCAUGCCUUCAGAGUGGUUGUUCCAGAGAUCCUGGAGGAUCAAUACCUCCAAAAAGCUUGCCUGGAAAAGCUGCCUUUGCAGCACUCGAUUCAGAAUCUGCUCUCAGUGCCUGGCACAUAACUGUGGUUGCAAAGUCAGAGUCAGAUCUCUUGACCAAUGACCAUAGACUAACACCUGAAGUGCAGAAAAGCAAUAUUCCUGAAAGUGUUUCAGAACCCCCGUGUUUUGAAGGACUUGCCACAUCUUCUGUCUCAGAGGAUGGCAUGGCACAAGGAACGUCUUUGAGUGAUGAAGGAGACAUGGGGCUGUUGCAGGGGACAGACACAGAGACGUCAGUGGAAGCAGAGCACAUUCUUGCUCCAGCACAGCCACAGCCAGAGUCUGCCUGGAUUGCUGAAGAGCUUCCCUCUUCAAGCCAACCACUGCCGGAGCCUGAGCCAGAGCCGAUGGCCAGCACAAACCAGGCUUUCCUAGGGCUUGCAGCUACUUCUUUAGAAACUAGUACUUCACUGUUUGCUGAGGCAGGAGUCAGUGAGAGUACCACGCUAGAAACACAAGGGAGCCAUUCUUGUCCUCUGCAAGAGGAACCUGUGCUUGGUGACAGAGAAAGUUCCAGUAUACUUCAUACCCCAAAAGAUCUACCUGCAGCCCCCCAGGAAACAGAGCAGACAAGGCCUCAUUUUGAGAUCCCAAAUAUAGCCAGCUGGCCAAAGCUUCACUUUGCAUCCUCUCCUUCUGACCAUAGGAAGACACUGAGUUCUCUCUUUAACUCCUCUUGCUCAUCUGGCAACAUAGCAGCAGAGACUGGCUUAAUGUCAGGUUUUAAGAAGUUAUCCACUCUGUUUGAAGGAGCUAGUGAGGGGAAAGGGGGUAUCCUUGGAAAUGAGCCAAAACUAGUAUUCGGAAAGAAACUGGAUCUUUCUUUUCCAUGGUCAAAAGAGAAUAAAGGAGACCCUGAGCAGAUGCCUGCAGAAUCUUCUCCUCUGGUUUUGGUUGUUAGUGAUCACGACCUUACCAUCAGCAAGGCUAACAAAGUUUUAGAGUCUUCUCAAAUACCUAGUGCUAGUCCUGAGGUAGCUGACAUCUGUAUUCAACCCUCUGGAAACACUGAACAGUUGGAGGCCAAACCAAGUGACUGUGCUCACGGGCUUCCAAGAUCUGGUGAAGUGGAAUGCCAGCUGGAAAUUUCAGCAUCUGGAGAACACCAGGGUGCAGACAGCGGCCUCUCUGGAUCUGCCUGUCCUUCAGAGAAACACAGGGAGGAGCACGGCACUAUCUCUGGGCUACCUCAGCCAGAAAAGCAAGAAGAGGUGUCUGCUCUCACUGGCUCUGUUUUAAAUGUGGAGCAGCUAGUCAUUCCGGAGGAUGUCAAGGAACCAGUGACCACUAAAAGCCCUGCCAGCAGUAGUAGGUAUGGCUCCUCAUGUAACGUGAGUCAAGGAAGCUCUCUGCUGAGUGAACUAGACCCGUACCAUGAGCAAGAUGAUGAGCAUCGGGAGAGGGGCUCCACCCAUUCUAGCCAUAGCUAUGGCAGCCUCUCCAAAGAUGGCCAGGGCGGUUUGGGAGAACAAGAAAAAGCCCUGGAUGUGACAUGGGAAUCAGAGAAGGGGGAAACAGGUGAAUCCAAGGAGCUGAGAGGCAGUGCCAUAAUCCACCCUCCUCCAGAUCUGGUGCUACACAAGGACCACAUCCUAGGACCUCAGGAGAGUCUUCCAGAGGAGAAUGCAUCUUCACCAUUUACCCAAGCCCGAGCACACUGGAUCCGAGCAGUUACCAAGGUCCGACUCCAGCUGCAGGAGAUUCCAGAUGAUGGUGACCCCUCUUUGCCUCAGUGGCUCCCAGAAGGGCCAGCUGGAGGGCUCUAUGGCAUUGACAGCAUGCCAGAUCUACGAAGAAAGAAGCCACUGCCACUUGUCAGUGAUCUGUCACUGGUCCAGUCUCGGAAGGCAGGGAUUACUUCUGCAAUGGCUACACGUACUUCUCUCAAGGAUGAAGAACUGAAAUCACAUGUGUAUAAGAAAACUCUUCAGGCCUUAAUCUACCCAAUCUCGUGUACCACACCACACAACUUUGAGGUCUGGUCCGCCACUACACCUACCUACUGCUAUGAAUGUGAAGGCUUGCUCUGGGGCCUUGCCCGGCAAGGCAUGCGCUGCAGCGAGUGUGGAGUCAAGUGCCAUGAGAAGUGCCAGGACCUGCUCAAUGCUGAUUGCCUGCAACGGGCUGCUGAAAAGAGCUCUAAACAUGGAGCUGAGGACCGGACUCAGAACAUUAUCAUGGCUAUGAAAGACCGUAUGAAGAUCCGAGAGCGGAAUAAACCAGAGAUCUUUGAGGUGAUCCGGGAUGUCUUCACCGUGAGCAAAGUUGCCCAUGUGCAGCAGAUGAAAACAGUAAAGCAGAGUGUCCUGGAUGGCACCUCCAAAUGGUCAGCCAAAAUCAACAUCACUGUGGUUUGUGCCCAGGGCCUACAAGCCAAAGACAAGACAGGAUCCAGUGACCCUUAUGUGACCGUGCAAGUUGGGAAAACCAAGAAGCGCACCAAGACCAUUUUUGGAAAUUUGAAUCCUAUUUGGGAGGAGAAGUUCCAUUUUGAGUGCCACAACUCUUCCGACCGGAUUAAGGUACGUGUGUGGGACGAGGAUGAUGACAUCAAAUCCAGAGUAAAGCAGCGGCUAAAGCGAGAGUCAGAUGAUUUUCUUGGCCAAACCAUCAUUGAGGUUCGGACACUGAGUGGAGAGAUGGAUGUCUGGUACAAUCUGGAGAAAAGAACAGACAAGUCAGCUGUCUCAGGGGCUAUCCGACUACAAAUCAAUGUGGAGAUCAAGGGGGAGGAGAAGGUAGCCCCAUACCAUGUGCAAUACACAUGUCUCCAUGAGAACCUUUUUCAUUACCUCACAGACAUUCAGGGCAGUGGAGCAGUCUGGAUCCCAGAGGCGCGGGGAGAUGAUGCGUGGAAGGUGUACUUUGAUGAAACAGCUCAAGAAAUUGUGGAUGAAUUUGCCAUGCGCUAUGGCAUCGAAUCCAUAUAUCAGGCCAUGACGCACUUUGCAUGUUUGUCAUCCAAGUACAUGUGUCCUGGCGUACCAGCAGUGAUGAGCACCUUACUGGCCAACAUCAAUGCCUAUUACGCUCACACAACUGCCUCCACUAAUGUCUCUGCGUCUGAUCGUUUUGCGGCCUCCAACUUUGGUAAAGAGAGAUUUGUGAAACUGCUGGACCAGCUACAUAACUCACUGAGGAUAGACCUCUCUACGUAUAGGAAUAACUUUCCUGCUGGGAGCCCUGAGCGGCUUCAGGAUUUAAAAUCUACAGUGGAUUUGCUGACCAGCAUUACUUUCUUCAGGAUGAAGGUGCAAGAACUGCAGAGCCCCCCAAGAGCCAGCCAAGUGGUAAAGGACUGUGUGAAAGCCUGCUUGAACUCCACUUAUGAAUAUAUCUUCAACAACUGCCAUGACCUCUACAGUCGCCAGUACCAGCUGAAGCAGGAACAACCACUAGAGGAACCAGGGCCCAGCAUGCGGAACUUGGAUUUCUGGCCCAAACUUAUUACACUCAUUGUGUCAAUCAUAGAGGAAGAUAAGAAUUCCUACACACCUGUUCUGAACCAGUUUCCUCAGGAGUUGAAUGUAGGGAAAGUCAGUGCAGAAGUGAUGUGGAAUCUGUUUGCACAAGACAUGAAGUAUGCAUUGGAGGAACAUGAAAAAGACCGGCUGUGCCAGAGCGCCGACUACAUGAACCUGCACUUCAAGGUGAAGUGGCUGUACAAUGAGUAUGUGCAGGACCUGCCUGCGCUCCAGGGGCAGGCGCCUGAGUAUCCCACGUGGUUUGAGCAGUUUGUGCUGCAGUGGCUACAUGAGAAUGAAGAUGUGUCCCUGGAGUUCCUGCAUGGGGCCCUGGAACGAGAUAAGAAGGAUGGGUUCCAGCAGACAUCUGAGCAUGCACUCUUUUCCUGUUCUGUGGUGGACGUCUUUACACAACUCAACCAGAGCUUUGAGAUCAUCCGGAAGUUGGAAUGCCCGGACCCCACCAUCCUUGCCCACUAUAUGAGAAGGUUUGCGAAGACCAUCGGGAAAGUGCUGAUGCAGUAUGCAGACAUCUUAUCAAAGAACUUCCCAGCUUACUGCACAAAGGAGAAACUGCCCUGUAUCUUGAUGAAUAACAUGCAGCAACUGAGGGUCCAGCUGGAGAAGAUGUUUGAGGCCAUGGGAGGCCAAGAGCUGGACUCUGAAGCUGCAGACAGUCUGAAGGAGCUGCAGGUGAAACUGAAUACAGUUCUGGAUGAGCUCAGCAUGGUGUUUGGAAACAGCUUCCAGGUGCGGAUUGAUGAAUGCGUUCGACAAAUGGCUGACAUCCUGGGCCAAGUUCGGGGCACAGGGAAUGCAUCCCCCAAUGCCAGGACCUCGGUGGCUCAGGAUGCAGACAGUGUGCUGCGACCUCUUAUGGAUUUCCUGGAUGGCAACCUGACGCUUUUUGCCGCUGUGUGUGAGAAGACUGUUCUGAAGCGAGUCCUGAAGGAGCUCUGGAGGGUGGUGAUGAAUACCAUGGAACGGGUGAUCGUCCUGCCCCCACUCACUGACCACACAGGCACCCAGCUGAUCUUAACUGCUGCCAAGGAGCUGAGCCAGCUUUCCAAACUCAAGGACCACAUGGUACGAGAGGAAACAAGGAAUCUCACUCCAAAGCAGUGUGCCGUCCUCGACCUGGCCUUGGACACCAUCAAGCAAUACUUCCAUGCAGGAGGCAAUGGUUUGAAGAAAACCUUCCUGGAAAAGAGCCCAGACCUGCAGUCUCUGCGUUAUGCCCUGUCUCUUUAUACACAGACAACAGACACGCUCAUCAAGACAUUUGUGCGUUCACAAACUGCCCAGGGGGCCGGUGUGGAUGAUCCUGUGGGAGAAGUGUCUAUUCAGGUGGACUUGUUUACACAUCCUGGCACUGGGGAGCAUAAGGUCACGGUGAAAGUGGUAGCAGCCAAUGACCUCAAGUGGCAGACAGCAGGUAUGUUCCGGCCUUUUGUGGAAGUGACCAUGGUUGGCCCACAACAAGGUGAUAAGAAGAGGAAAUUCACAACCAAGUCUAAAAGCAACAACUGGACUCCCAAGUACAAUGAGACAUUUCACUUCCUCCUGGGAAAUGAAGAAGGUCCAGAGGCCUAUGAGCUGCAGAUCUGUGUGAAGGAUUACUGCUUUGCCCGGGAGGAUCAUGUGAUAGGACUGGCAGUGAUGCCUCUGAGGGAUGUGGCAGCCAAGGGCAGCUGUGCCUGCUGGUGCCCGCUGGGCCGGAAGAUCCACAUGGAUGAGACAGGCAUGACCAUUCUCCGGAUUCUGUCUCAGAGGAGCAAUGAUGAGGUAGCCCGGGAGUUCGUGAAGCUCAAAUCAGAGUCUCGUUCCACAGAGGAAGGGAGUUGAAAAUCUCUGGCUUGUGUGCCAACCAGACAGCAUCCAACUGCACAGACCUUCAGCAUAGAGUCCUCGUAGUCUGAAGGUGGGCUCUCCCAGUUAAGGAUGUCUAAGGAGAAUCUUGGGGUAGUAAGACUAUGGCUUUUCAGAGAAAAGUCCUGAAUCCCUAACCGGUAGGUCUGUGGUGCUAGGAGUUGGGCUGUGGGAUCUCCUUCAUAGGUAGGUCUUCCCAUAAAUGGAGAGGGACAGGCAUUUCCAAGAAUGUCAGCUAUUCUUGGUAGACAACGGUCCACUCCACUUCCCACUUGUACCUUUCUCUAAACCACACUUUGUCCAGUUUGACACUUAGAUGCUCAUCAUUAGAACUUGUUUAGAAGGACUGGAGCUUGUACCUGGCUGACUCCGUGGAGAUUGGCCAGAGCAAGAAGACACAGAAUGGAAUUCAUUGUCACUUGAGCAGCAGGACUGGUUUGUGUGGCGCCAGUGAGAACAGGACUUGGAAACUGAACAAGAUGCCUCCUGCAAAGGAGCUGAGAUACUUCCUUUGCUCAGAAUAUCUGUCAUGUGUCAAAGCAGGUUCACAUGGUGCUUUGGAACCCUGAGCAGAGCAUUUCUUUGGAAUCCAGGCACCAGGGGUCUCACCAGCCCAGAGUACUCCCAAACUCUCUCUUUCUGUGAGCAAGGAGGGAUGCUUAGGACACACACAGAAUUUUCUUGAAUAGUCUUUGAACAAAGCCAAAAAUUGUGGUAAAAGGUCUAGAAAGAGUUGUCACCUGUGGCUACAACCUUCUGGCUGUCCUCCUUACAGAAAACAUCUAGUCUUUGGCCUUCCUCUUUGGGGUCAGCUGCUGUCCCCACAGGUUGGUAAGUCCUCUGGAUGGAGGGGACGUCAAAUGCUGUCCAGAAGGUCAGAGACAGACCCUGUCAGUGGGCCAGAUGAUGUUCCCGGACCCUUGCUCGGAAAUGUGACUCGGUCCUUGGAUUUCCUGACAGUAGCCUCCUGAAAUUGCUGAGCACUCAGCAUUUGCACAGUGCAUCAGUCAAUGCACGAAGACACCAAGCGUCAUCACUGUUUUUAGUUGCUAUAUGUGCCAUUGUUACAAUAAAUUUUAGGCUAGACUGUAAUAAAUUAUCUCAUAGCACCUUUAAA